GUUGUGGCAACGAAGAGGAAUAUUUUUUUUUUUUUGCCUUUCGCUACUGAAACAGAUCACUGCGUAUUACCAUUUUUGCAAAUAUGGAGUAGAAAGGAAGAUGAAAACAUGCCCAGACCAACAGCAGUCACUGUUACUGUGGCUACCCUAUUUGGCAUUGCAGCAGGAAGUCUAGCUGUCUGGAGGGUCAUCCAACGUCGAAAACAUAAAACCUGCCUUACACCAAGUCAAGGAGGAAAUAUUAAGGAAUGGGAAAAGAAAAAUAUCUCAGAAGACAUUUUUCAUUCAUUUUUACCUUCUCCCACAAUUUGUUGGCUGGAGGAGAUCCUUGAGGCAAAAGUAAUAAUCAUUUCUGAGGCAGAAAAGUGGCAUGAAGUGGAACCCAUAUUAACAAAAGAGUUGGAAUGUUGCCCAGUCCUUGGAAUUGACUGUGAGUGGGAGAUCUCCCUUGUAUGAUAAUUGCUUCUUGCAUGCUCCAGAUGGGCAGCCUUUAUGUACAUGUGAUCGCAAGAAAGCCCAGUGGUAUCUGGACAAAGGCAUUGGAGAAUUAGUAAACAUGGAGCCAUUUACUGUGAGAUUAAAGUUUGAGCCCUCUGGACGCCCUGAAUCAACUGUGGAUUAUUACUUGACAGUCAAAGAAAAUCUGUGUGUUGUGUGUGGCAAAAAAGAAUCUUACAUUCGAAAGAACAUUGUACCUCACGAGUACCGGAAACACUUUCCCAUUCAGAUGAAAGACCACAAUUCCCAUGAUGUGCUCCUUCUCUGCACCGCGUGUCAUGCACUCUCUAAUUACUAUGAUAAUCAUCUCAAGCAACAACUGGCUGAAGAAUUUUGUGCCCCUAUUGGUUGCGAGGAGGGCGUUCGCUUGCUCGAAGAUCCCACCCGCAGAUUAGUCCGGUCGGCAGCUAGAGCGCUUGUGAAUGCAGACAGCCUACCUGCUGCCAGGAAGGAAGAGCUGUUGCAGCUGAUCAGGGAUUUCUUUGCAUCUGACACGGUUUCCCCAGAGAUGGUGCAGGAAGCAGCUGGACUGGAAACCAGGAUUUUUAACGAGAACUAUGUACCACAUGGCUUGAAAGUGGUUCAGUCUUUUGCUCAAGGGGGCUUAUAUGCUCUCAUGGGGCUGGAGAAACGUUGGCGCCAGCACUUCUUGGAUGUUAUGCAGCCCAAGCAUCUCCCAGCACAAUGGUCUGUUGAUCACAAUCAUGACAAGUUGAUCAAGAAAUACGGGGAGACUCUCCAGAUUGAACUUUCAUGAAGGUGAAAUGAUGAAACUGGAAAAUAUAACAGAGACUUACUAUUUUCCUUCCCCCUCACGUUGGGAUUAACAAGAUUCUACCCAGAUAAUUACAUUGCGAAGGAAAUCUCACCAGCAUUGCCAGUUAAAACUAUUUUAAGCUAAAAGGUGGUUUUAAGACUUUUUAAUUGUUUUGAAUUACAAUUUGAAUGUUUGUUCUAUAAAGAUCACCAUAGCCAUAUCUUCUUAGGAAAGGCCUCUGUACAUAUGUGGACCACUUCUAGCCUUUCAGAUGUUGCUUAUGCAGUGCACUCACCGUUUGUCAUCAUUGGCCAUGGACACAGAAGACUGCAUGAAACAUCUGGAGGCUUUCAGGUUUUCCAUCUCUGUUUUAUCUUGAAGGUACCAUUAAGGGGGAAGAAGAGCAUCAGGUAUUUUUUUUUUAAAAGAGGAUUUAUUUGUCUAGCAGCAAUUAUAUAUCACUCAAAGCCCAUGUUUAGCUAUUGAAACUCAUGUCAGACCUGUCCCAGCUUGAAGAAACACCCUCAACUCCAUUUGUAGCAAAAAGGUUACAUUUACUAAAGCCAAGUGAUUAUAGUUAUGCAAAGCCAGAACUAAGAGUUUGUGUGCAAAGAUUCCCUAAUUAACUUUCCCUUCUUGUGUCCCAUCCCCCUGGUAUCACCCCAUUGGCCACCUUACUUACUGGUGAGCAUCGUUUCCAGUUAUUCUGUUCCUUCCUUAAGUGGAUGGUUCUAGUCAGUAAUGAUGGGGAGAGGAAAAUCAGGUUGGUUGGUUAGGGAAGGGGUCCCCACCCUCGCCACGGCCCGGUACUGGUCUAUGACCUGUUGGGAACUGGGCCACUGCCAGUCCAUGGAGCUGGAAAGGUUGGGGACUGCUGGGUUAGGGGAUGAUGGAGGACUCAGAAAUGGACUUUAGUACUGAGUAAUAGCCUUGCUCCCUGUUAGCACUUUUAUAAGAUAGUCAAGACUAUUUUUGGAACAGAUAUUUAGGUGUUAGGUCUCUUAGUGUUCAACAGAUUGGGUGGUUCUUUCUAUUCUAAAUUUACUGUUAUUGUUGGGUUUUUUUUUGUUGGUUUUGAUAUUUAGUCUAAAUUGUCAUAAGUUAGGUUGAUGGGAUAAAAGUGCUUGUAAUAAACAAAUAAUGAAUAAAUAAGUUAAUUACCAAUGUUUGCAUCUUUCAUGUUCAGACACAGAUAAAUUAAUAUGGCAAGGGGAAAACUUAUAAUAGGAACCCUUUGUUGGAGGCCCAAUUUUCUAUAUGCUACUGGAUUUUUUAAAAAUAGAAUUGCUUUUGGUUACGUAAUCCCCAAUUUGUUAUCUGAUAUUAAUGCCUAUUCACGGUUUUAACACUCAGUCCUCUCUUGAAGUGUUGAUGCUGGCGAAAAAAGAAGGAAAAGUUCAGUUGAAAAUUAUAAUUGGAUACAUGAAAAAUACAGAGAUGCCUCUGUUCUCCACAAGCAGAUAUUCAGCUGCUAUCAAAAGCCCUGACAGAAAUGCCAUGUGCAAGCAGUUGAGACAGAUCAUCUUGGAGGGUCAUGUCAGUACUAUAAUGGUUUUGUGAACCAUAUAGCCUUUUCAAAUACAAAUUUAGCUCUUCGGGGUCUUGAAGCUUACCGGAAUUGUACUGACAUCUGAACUGAUGAAAUGCUGUGUGAAAUAUUUGAUUUUUCUUCUUGGCUUUGAAGAGAGAGAGAAAAAAACCACAAAGAGAUUAUUAGAGAAAGUUACUUUGUAGUGUGGGUGCAGAAGAUGGUGGGAAGGGGUAUAAAUCUACGAUUCUCCCUACUCAUAAUACACUGUAAGGUCUAAUGUAAUUAUCCUGCUGUUUAAAAAAUGUGCUACUACCGAUUUCAUUCAUCAUUAAUAUUUUUAAGCGUCUUAAUGUUCUUUUUAAAUUAAAGCUUUUAAAAACCUA